AUGACUAAACGGCAACCAAUCUUCACGGCGGCGACAGGAAACACACCUCCUACUCCGGCCAUUACUUCCACCAACCAAAGAGAAAAACGCCGCGAAACUCCAACCACGAUACUUUCCCUCGACGGCGACAUCCUCUGUACCAUCUUCGCUUUCCUCAACAUGUUCGACCUCGUUCGCUGCUCUCUCGUUUGCAAAUUCUGGAAUGCAAUCCUUGAGUCUCGAUCGCUGCGAGAGUUUUACGAGAGGAAGUUGCUGAUGGAUUCUUCUAGUUCAUCUGGAUUUACUAAAAAGUCAUUGAGAGUGAUUUUAGGGGAAGUAGCUUUGGAGCAGCAUAGAUUGGCGCUUCAGUGUGGAACAUUUCAUGUUGAUCAGUGGAAGGGUCAUUCAACCGCGGUUUCUCAGUGUCGGUUGAAAAUGGGUACGGUUGUUACUGGUGUGGGAGAUAAGGUUAUUCGUCUCUGGUCAUUAGAUCGCUAUAAAUGUGAAGAGCAAUACCCGGUACCUGAUACGCUACCUCUAGUUGACUUCGAUUUUGACGAGAGCAAGAUUGUUGGUCUAAUUGGAAGUCGUUUGUGCAUAUGGAGGCGGAAUGGGAAAAGAAGUGUAUUUCCUUCUCUUGAAGGCAAAUUCAUAACAGGUUCAUGCAUGCGUUACUUUGAUCCAGAAGCUAUGGUUGGAUUUGAUGAUGGGGCUGUUCGUGUUUUUGACAUGUACAGUAGGAGGUGUUCUCAAAUAAUAAGAAUGCAUUCUGCACCUAUAACUUGUUUAUGUUUAAGUGAAGAUCAACUGAUACUAAGUGGCUCCACUUCAGGGAAUAUAACAAUAUCAGAUCCUUCUUCUGCUCAGAAAGUAGCAAGACUUAGAUCAAGUGAUUUUAGAGGCAUAAAGACGCUGUGUUUAAAACCCUCAUCUCAGCUACUGUUUGCCGGAUCAGCUAUUGGGUAUACAUAUUGUUGGGACAUGAGGACAAGGAGACUGUUAUGGGAGAAACGAGUGAGUCCUAAUGUCAUUUACUCUAUACAGCACAUGCAAGAUGACAAAUCGACAUUGGCUGUUGGAGGAAUAGAUGGCUCCAUCCAAAGAAGGGAGGGGAAGAGAUUGCCUGAGGAUACCUACAUAAAUAUUGAUGUCAUUCCGAAGAAUUCCCGACCUUCGAUUACGUGCCUUGCCGUUGGAAUGAAGAAGAUUGUUACCACACACAAUGCCAGAGACAUCAGAUUGUGGAAAUUGAAAGACAAAAAUAUCUGUACAUUGUAA